AUGGACCCCCCUCUCCCACCAGAUGACGCGCCUACUGGUUCAACAUUCUUCUGUGGCGUCUGCAAGAAGCAAGUCACCGGAACGUUCAAGUACCACAAGCGUCUCGUGCACCAGCAGGCGACUACAUUCAGCAUCGACGACACCACCACUAGAACGACCGUCAUGCGCCAGUCCGGUGUCUUCCGGUGCCCCUUUUGCACCACCUUUACCCACCAGGACCCGUAUGGACUCAAGAAGCAUGCUUUGUCUUGCAACGGGGACACCAACACAGCACCUCCGUCUUUGAACCCUGCGCAAGUAGCACCGCCUACCGCAGCUGCACCUUCUGCAAGUCCAUCACUCUCCGCAACGCCCAUCCGCCUCGUCUGUGAUGGACCUCUGGAUGCCGAGUCCUUUCGUGACCCGUCACCGAUGCCCGUUGAUACCGGCCUCGUCUCCUCUGUCGCCCCCAGCCAGGCCCUUCCUCUACUCGUUCCUAUCUCGAAUGCAAGCUACCGCCGUGUACCAGACCCCUUCACCGUCACGGACUCGCCUUGCGACCUACUUCCUUUCAACAUCGUUGUCAGUACGCUCCUGUGUGCCGUCAUCUGCUUGGAAUGUGAGACCUUUGUCGCGCCUGACAACAUAAAUCGCCACAUCCGAAGCCACAACAGGCACAUCGCGCUGCCUCCGACUCUCCAGGCCGACCUCGUUCAGACGUUUGGCCUUACGGGCAACGUCACCUAUCCCUCUGAGAUGUGCGCUCCUAUUUUUGGCCUGCCUCUCGUCGAGUCGCCUCUCGACUUUUGCGGUCACUGUAACCGUGGGUUCGCUGUACGUGCGUCGCUGGAGAAUCAUCUGCGGGGUUGUGCUAGGAGUGCAUCAGAGGGCCGGAAGAAGGUGGUUGGGUACGGUCAGAAGAUGCCUGGCACGAGCCGUGUCAUCCGAGUCGACAUUAGCGGGCUCAUCAAAGCGAGCGAAGGCGAGCUGGACCCUCUCAGCGACAUCAUGAGCGCCAUGUCCAUUGUGCCCGACUACUCUACUCAGCCAAUUGCGCUGUGCGACGACAACCUCAACCUCAAGGCCUUCUUUGCGAACGACGGCUGGCUUGAACACGUCCAAGGCAUGACACCGGCCGACCUGAAUGAGGCUCGGAGGACGCACGAACCUGACGACUUGUAUGGCGACUGCCUUCGCGGUCUGGCUAACCAUUUUCUCGAACAGACGCAGGUGCUGCUCAAUGCCAAAAAAAAUGUGGGGCUGGAAAAGCUGCUUGGCUCAGUACGACUGGAGAACACAACUGAGCACGCCUUCCGCCCUAUCGAAAGCUCCGACAACGGAACGUGGAGCAGCAAAUACAAGUACCCCGAAAUUGACCCGAGUCAACUUGCGGCCCUGCAGCUGCUAGACACGAGCAUCAAGGAGUGGAAGGACGACGAGUACACCACGGCGAUGCAUGACGCGUUCUACGAGGCCUGCGUCGCUCUCUUCAAGCACCUGCGGCACGAAUACCCCGCCAGUCGCUGCCUUGGUCCGUUCUUCUCCCCGGUCAUCUGUUUCGUCGUUAUACAUUGCAUCCAUGAGGACUCGAGUACGGUCAACUCGUCUACCAUCACCAGUGUUGCCUCUGCGAUUGAGUACGCCAUCCGUGGAUGCUUCCUACGCCUUGCUUCUGAAAGGGCCAAAGCUGAUAUUGCAGAUGAGUCCGACGCAUUGAUGGCCUACAAAGACUACCUGAUCAACCAGAAGGCGUCCGUUAUGUCGUUCCUCUACAAUUCGCAUGCGCUGCUCAAGACUAUUCGCGGCAACGAGUACAACAGGGAUUCGUUCUGGUUCGCGGACCCUAUGAAAACCAAGCUUACGCACAAGACGGGCGUCAUCACGCUCACGGGUAUCAAGGAGCUUGUUGACGGGCAUUAUGCAACCUACAUGGACACCCUCCGGAAGCUGGCGUUCUUUGGCUGUAUUCCCGAUGACAUCUUCCCCGACAUUGUAAUCGAGGACUUGUACGACGACCUACAUCGCAACACCGUCGGCUACUCCUUUCUCACUGACCACAGGAACAACCUGACUCAGUACCGCACGCGCUAUGCAAAGUGGCUCUUGGGUGAUGAAGAGCGCCGGCGGUACUUUACCUGUUAUGUCAACGGCCGUCUCCUCUGGCGUCCCAAGGCGUCUAUUCAGCUGCUUGAAGCGUUCUCGGCCUGCCAGCUCGAGAUGGCACCCGGUCUUAUCGUCAGCUGCGGCCCUUCAGUUCGAUGCAGUGAGUUUGCGCGCCUCAUGCUGUUUGACCUUUCUGGCGCGCCUCGUAACGUCGGCAUCGUCCUCCAACAUUUGUCGAUCAACGCCACCAACGACAAGACCUCUCACCAGCGAAAUCGGGAUAUGUUUAUCCCGCAUAUACCCACUCGCGAGUGGGCGACCGCUCUCCUCCACUACCUCGUUAUCAUCCGUCCUUUUCAAACGUAUCUGGCCGAGCAGCUUUACCCCAACCAGAGCGACCUCAUCACUCGGUACCGACACUAUCUUUGGCCCGGCAUCACGCGAAACAUGAGCAGCAACGACCUGCGGGAGAAGAUGAAACACGUCACGUACAGAUACUUGCAUAGCCAGUAUACAAUCAAGGCGUGGCGGUCCAUCUUCACCUGCUUCUCGACCACUUUUCGCAAGCCGGAGCUCACUCAGGUAUCCGCAGAGUACUACACGGACAUUGCCAACAUGCAUUCGACAACGACCGCUGUUGCUCGAUAUGGGGGAGGCAUCCUCAACACCUUCAAGAAGGACUCGCGCGACAUUGCUGGCUGCAUCGCUGUAGGCAUCGAAUGGCAGAAACUCGUCGAUAUCGGUCAGGCCAAGCUUCUCUACCCCGACGAAUCUCCCAGCACAUCCUCCAACGCCCUCGUCGCCUUUGAUUCGGACGGCAUUGCGCGCCAGAUUGCUGUCCGACUCGAGAACCAUGUGAACCAAGUGGUCAAGGAUACUAUUAGAGAUCGGAUGGCCGAGAUGGCGGUCACUUACUUUCCGCCGCCGCCUGUCCCUCUCGACGCUGGCAACCUUCGGCCGGUCUCCGAUGUCGUCAUCCAUCCCUCCCGUCUCGUCGAUCUACGCAAGUUCCUUCGGAAACCAGAUGCGGAGUUUACCUGCCCUGAGCAGGCCGUGUUGCUGGAGCAUUUGGCCGCGAAGAGAGAGAACAUCCUGGCCGUUCUCGGUACGUCGUUUGGCAAGACGAUGUUGAUUAUGAUGUUGGCCAAGAUGUAUGGCGGGGGCAGGACCACGGUGGUGAUUCUGCCGCUAUCGACGCUCCACGCUGACCUCGAGAGGCGGGCCAAGGAGCAUGGGUUGACAUAUGCGCAGUGGACGCCCAGAACCAGGGGAUGUCCGCAGGUCGAUAUUCUUUCGGCUGCGGUGGAGAUGUUGGACAAUGCCCUCUUCUUCUUGGACCUGCAGCAGAUGGAAAACAACGACAGACUGGACCGAUUGGUUUUCGAUGAAGUGCACAAGCUUCUCACUGAUGGCGGGUAUCGCCCCGUCUUUUCCCAUUUUUCCAAGCUCAGUGCGCUCAGAUCGCCAAUUGUGGGCCUUUCGGGGUCGUUUCCGCAGCGGCUCUUUGGGCCGUUCUCACAGAAUACGGGGAUCAUUUGGAGGCAGAUACGGAUGCCCUCGAACCGCAAGGAGCUGAGGUACGAGAUUCGGUCUGCAGGCAGCGAUAUAGUCAAGGAGGUCAUUGCGUAUACCCGGGAGAAAGUGGGCGCCUAUGAGCCGCACGAGCGCGCGCUUAUUUUCUGCAGGUCCAAGAACCAGGCGAACAGUAUUGGAGCAUCGCUUGGUGUCCAGCCGUUCCACGCUGACAGCCUCGACACAAAUCAGCAGGCGAUGGCCGAUUUCUUGCAAGGCAGGCAAAAGGUUUUGCCAACAACGGCGUUCCUCGGAUGCGGCUUCAACUAUCUUCACAUCCGCGACGUUGUUCACGCCUCCGUCUCACACUCUAUGAUCGACCAGUAUCAGGAGGACUCGCGUGGUGGCAGGGAUGGCGCCAUGUGUCGUGCGGUUACGUUUGUCGACCCGAGCCGCACCCCCAACAGCCCCAACGACCAUUUCGAUCUCGGCUUUAACGACCUGGUCCAGUGGUCAAAAAAGCGAGACCAGUGCCUGCGCAUCAUCCCCAGUCUCUACCUUGACGGCGUCGCCGUGACUUGUCUGCUCUUGACCGGCGCCGUCCUCUGCGCCUAUUGUGAAAAGGCCUGUUCGGAGCCCGCGCCUCUUUGCGCUGCGCUAUUACCAGUGGCGACCCCGCUAUCAGUUCACACGCCGCUAUCAAGCCGACCUCUAGCCGCUCCGUUGGUCAAGCGUCCUCGGGCUGAUUCGACCCCUGAGCGCCCUUCAAAGAUCGCUCGAGCAGAUUCUCCCGAUGUCGAUCCGUUUGGUAUGCAAGGCAUCGAAGCGGGACCCGUUGCGUGCGCUGAUGCUAGCGCUAGCGGGCCUAGCGGCGACACCGCAACCCUGCCCAGUUCGCCGACUCUCGUCACGUCCAGUUCGCCAACCGUCGUCAGGUCAAGCUCGCCCACUGUCGUCGCCUCUAAUUCCGUUCUCAUGUCCAGCUCGCCCACCGUCGUCGCCUCUAAUUCUGUUUUCAUGUCCAGCUCGCCCACCGCUGUAAGGUCAAGCUCGCCCACUCCUCUUCCCUCAAUUGACAAGUCGUUUAGGUCUGCGGAUGCGCCCGUUGCUCGUGGUUUUAUUCCUGCAAACCGUGUGCUAGCCGCACCCAGCGCCACUCUGCCGUCGACUUCUCAUGCUGGCUUCGGACCUGCGUAUGACCGGGCAUUGCGCAUCCAACAGGAGAGACAUUUCUAUGAUCGCGUCAGCACGCCCCUUGCAAACCUUUGCACCGCUUGGAGGUCGUUAUGCCUCUAUUGUUCCACCAAACGCAUUCAAGACAGUGGUCAUCCGACUGAGUCUUGUCCGGAGGGAAAAUUGGCAGCUUUGAAGGGUUUCAAUUUUCCAAGAUCAUCGUCGAUUUGUUACGGGUGCUGCUGCCCGAUCGGUACCGGGCGCAGCAACCACGACAAGGUAACAGGCAAAGGAUGUGCUCGGGGUGAGGUCCUCAAGUACAUGGCCAACCUCUACUGGACCGGCGGCUACGAGAGAAAACACGGCCUCAUCAAUGACAGUCGGGUUUCGAAUCCGCCAGAUUUUGCCAGAUGGCUGUCCCAGGUGGAUCCCUCCCAGCACAGCGUCGAUCCGCAGCUCUCCGUGCUAAGGAUCUGGUCGUUCCUGAUAGAAUUUGGUAGACUUCUUGACGAAGAAUUCCGUUAG